AUGAACAAUUUCCCGGCAAAUCAGCCAAUUUCCCCGGAAUUUUGGCAAUUUCUACUCGCUUGUCAACAGGCGAGAGACGUCCGUUUGCCGCAGACACCCGCACUCUUCCCGCCCGUUCUGAACCCCGUCGGACCGGUGAGUUUAUCGAUUUUGAGGGGAAAAUUAGUGACAAACGCGUUUUUGUUGGCGAAACCCGAAGCGAACGUUAAUGAAGGCUCAGUAUUAUUCGAAUCGCGUGCUGUGUCUUUGAAAUCUUUAAAAAAUUAGGCGAUUUCAACAGCAAAAACUAUAUUGUGUCGAUAGCCAAUUACAGACCAACUACCUGCCGCCGUACCUGCCGCCUCUUCCGCCAACGUCCGCUCCACUGUUCGCCCCGACGCCGGCGUCGUUCUCGUGUCCUCCGGCGCCGUCGGCCCCCGCACCGACCUCAUGUUGCUGUCCUCCACAACCGCCGACGCCGGCAGCCUCGCAGCCGCCUCAAAAACAGGAAAAACGCAUAAAAACCGAGGAAAUCGACGAGAAAUCGGCGGAAACCGAACCGGACAUUGAGUUUGUGAUGGGUCAGAUUCCGAACGAGGACUUUAUGCCGACGCACCACAUGCGCGGCACCCUUCUUCAGAUUCCGAACGGUCCUGUGAAGCGGGUCGAGGAUCUGAGCAGCGACGACUUUCUGAAAUGCGCCGGAGAGUCGGAAGACGUGCUCGUCAACGCCUCGAUUGUCAAAUCGAUAACGAUCACGUCGCCCGGAAGCGCCAUUCUCGUCUUUGAGACCGGACUCGAGCGCGCACAGGUCGGUUUUCUGAAUUGCCGCGCAAGUACUUCAAUAGAGCGUAUUUGCAUUUUCAGAUUCCCUUGAAAUGCCAAAUCGAGCAUCCGUUUUUCGUGAUCGGCAGAGGUUGGUGCAGCUGUAGUCCACCGAAAUGCGGAGAAAGUUACGGACUCGACUGCUCCAUGUUGGAGGUAAUUCAAAAAUUGCUUUUCUUUCUGAAAUUCAAAUUCUACGCAGAUUGGCGACGUUUGCAUUGUGCUGACGCGUCCGGAUGAUGCAAUCACGAGAAACGCGAUCGAUAUUCUGACGGCCGAACGGGAUUUGGAGCAUUUCAGCACAAGAGCCCGCAUUCGAGAGCAGCUGGCCGAGUGCUAUUAUGAGGUACCGAGUUUUAAGUGCCAAAAAUUGCAUUGUUCAUUUUUCAGCACGUUUCCGGACGAAUUUCGGCGCCGCCCGAGCGAAUUGUGAGCCAUCCGCCGACCAGUCAUCGACAGCGAAAAAUUUCGGAAUAA